GUGUCUGUGUGGACUGCAAGAAACAAAAAGCUGUGAGCUUCUCCACGGUUUGCUAUCUCCAGGGCUUGGCCGAGAGAAGUCGAGCAGUAGAAAUAGGAGAAGAAAGAAGAGGUGGCACUGAGUCUAGAGAGAGAGAGAGAGAGAGAUGGGUUCGUCGGCGGCGGAUCGAUUCGUGGGAGGAGGCGGAGGAGGGGAGGAACAGCUGCUGCAGCAGCAGCCUCAGAUGUACUAUCACGUGCCGCAGCACAGCCGGAGGGAGAAGCUACGGUUCCCGCAGGAGAUGUCCCCCUCGCACACCUCUUUCCUUCUCCUCCACGACCACAACGCCGCGACGCCGCUCUAUCCCGCCGGUUCUUUGACGGCCUUUCUCCCUUCCUUUUGCACUUCCUUCUCCUCGUCCGACUACUCUCACAACCCAGCCAUUAGCAACGGUGUGGCGCAAUUCGACGGCCACGGCGCGCUACCGAUCCCCUCGCAGCACCAGCACCAGAUCCACAACCAAGGCUUCUCCCUCUCACUUUCCUCCUCCUCCUCCCCCCGCCCCACGACUUCGCGGCACCAAGUUAUAACCCGGACGACCCCCUUGGGCCCCUUCACGGGCUACGCGGCCGUCCUCAACCGCUCCAGGUUCCUGGACCCGGCGAGGAAGCUGAUGGAGGAGGUGUGCCAUGUGGGGCAGCAAGCAGCAGCAGGUGGCGGCAGCAGGGAGAUGCUCCUGGACGUGGAUCCGUCGAGGGAGUCGCUGGUGGAUCGCGGCGGGGAUGGUUGGACCGACCACGGCCCCAAGGCGGACCGCCAGAUCUCGGGCAUGUAUCAGCAGCAGUGGAAGAAGGCAAGUCUCAUCUCCAUGCUCGAUGAGGUUUACAGAAGAUACAAGCAAUACUAUCAGCAGAUGCAAGCUGUUAUUACAUCAUUCGAGUCCGUUGCGGGAUUGAGUAGUGCUGCCCCAUAUGCCUCGAUGGCGCUCAAGGCGAUGUCGAAACACUUCAGAUGCCUUAAGAACAUCAUCUCUGACCAAAUUCAUCAUGCAAACAAGGGUAUCCGAAACGAAGGGAACAGCAGGGAAGAGAUUUCGAGCUUUGGCCUCGUCGACAAUAUCGGUUAUCUCCAGAGAACAACCAAUAGCACCGGUACCUUUGCUCAACCACAUGUUUGGAGGCCUCAGAGAGGACUUCCCGAACGGGCUGUCUCGGUGCUUCGUUCAUGGCUUUUCGAACACUUCUUGCAUCCGUAUCCUACUGAUGUAGACAAGCAGGACUUGGCCAAACAGACUGGUCUAACGAGAAAUCAGGUUUCUAACUGGUUUAUUAAUGCGAGAGUGAGGCUUUGGAAGCCAAUGGUGGAGGAAAUCCACUCCCUAGAGAUGCGUCAAAAGAACAAAGUGUCGGCCGGCGACCACCGCUUCCUGGUUUCUGAUGAACAGUCUCGGCUGCCGCCAUCAUCUUCCAAGGCGAACGCAUUUGGUUCUCAGCCUCCCCCGAUGGAGUACUUGAUGGGGACCAAAUGCAUUGAUCAAGAAGAGCUGUCUCCCGUUCCAGUUAACCUUGUGUGCGAUGGCACGUCCAACCAUCAGCACGUCGGGGGCGUUGGCAAUGGCGUCUCUCUCACCCUCGGCCUCCAUCAGAACAACGGGGUUUGCCUUUCGGAGCCGCUACCCCUCAGCGUCGCCCGUCGUUUCGGCUUGGAGGAGUGCAGUGACACGUAUCUGGUGACUCCGUUUGGCGACCAAGAGCGGCAAUUCGGGAAGGAUGUCGGCACCCGUUUGCUCCAUGAUUUUGUCGGGUGACACCAAACCUCGAGUAGUCUGAGCUCCUAAGAGAUGAACAUAAGAUUAAUCGGACGCGUUCUACUGAUCUCAAUUGUUGUAUACAAACAACAGGCCUCUCGUCAAGGCUUGCAACGUUUUGCCCGCACGCGUUGCCGCUGUAACAUUAUUCAUGCAUAUCCUUCAGAGGCUUGGAAGACAGGAGCCAAUUCUCAUGCA